AUGCCACUGGAGUCGCAGGCAUGGCUGGCCCGCGAUCAGAUCAUGCUGGGACAGGUGUCCAGUCUGCGAGGCUUUCGCGAAGGCGUGAUCUGCUUCCCGCCCACGUACAAGUACAAGAUAGGUACCAGUACCUUGAACACCAAGCGCUGCCCUGCUUGGUGCGAUCGUGUGGUGUACAAAGUCUCCAGCAACGCACAUGCAGACCUCCUGGAGUACGUGUCAUUUCCCGACCUUAAGCUAACAAGCGACCAUCAUCCAGUUGCGGCCCUCAUGCAGGUGUGCGCGCAGGCUCACCCCUCCGAGAGGAUGGUUGCAACUGCUGCUCCUUAG